GCGCUGAUACCUACCCCCCAUAAGGCUCCUCCCCCAAAAUCUUGACAAUUACUUAACACCAAUUUGAUCGAGACAAAGUUCACAAUGUCUCAUGGUCCUCCGGCGUAUAAUGCAUAUCCCCCUAUACCAAGUCCAACCCUACCUAGCCAAACCACCAUUUUGAGUCCACAUGCCUUUCAACCGCUUCAUCCCCAAUCUAGCCCCAAUGGAUCUCAACACCCACAGGGUAUGCCGCCCCCAGGACGGGACGCGACUACAGUGGGAGUCAAAGCGGAAAUGAUACAGAAUGCUCAUCCAACCAUGUACUGUGAAAGAUGCCAGCGAGCGCGGUCUGCUGGGGAAUUCUUCGAAGCAUCAGGAGCUAUUCGACAUCGAUUCUGCAGUCUGUGCAGAUCACAAGAUGUUCAAAGACGAAGAGCGGCUGACAUGGAGCGCUAUGACCAGGCUUCACGUCACUAUAAUACACAGCAACAACGUCAGCCCACCAAUGCUAAUCCACCUACUACUUCUCAACAGCAGCAACAGCAACAACCACUACCGUAUCCUACUCAUGUACAACCCGGAUACCAGCAUCUUCGAUCUCAACUUCCUUCGCAAUUAUCACCGCAUAUGCCCCAAAGUCAGUUACCAUUAUCACCAAUGCAGACUCAAAUGCUACCUCCGCAACCUCCACCACUGAGAUCUCAGUCUCACAUUCAGCAAUCACCUAUUCCGAGUUCUCCUCAGCUCCGUCAAAUACAGACUCAACAAUUGACUUCGUCACAAAAUGUUGUCCAGCAACAGCAGCAGCAGCAGCAAAAUCGACAGAAGCAGCAGCAGAAGCAACAACAGCAACAACAACAGCAGCAGCAACAGCAGCCGCAACAGCCGCAAUCACAACCACCUUCCAAUUGGAUCCGUCAACCUCAGCCAAUGGUUCAAGACUCAGUGGUGAAACGUCCUCACCCGUCGUCAUCUGUUAACAUUGCCGCACGAGGAGAAGCUAAACGACCAAAGAAUAAUACACCGCAAGGAGGAACUCUCCUCAGUAUGCCAUCGAAUACCCACAACCAAGCAUUGGAAGUUCUUUCUCCCGAUGCUUUUGUCGAAGCUCUACACCAAAGUCAAAAUUUCGAACGAAAACAGUUUGCCAUUGCCAUGGCACCUAUAGUAGCUGAGGUGGGAAGUGAAGCUGGUUUCACACAACUGGGUAGAGCUGUCUGUGAUCGUGUCCUUAAAGGAACCGGAUACAAUUUCAGGUGAAGUACCCUUUUUUUUAAUGCAAUAUUGAUCUCAAAAUCUAGAAACUAAUUUUACAUUCCGCUCAAUCACGUACAGUCUUAAGGAUAAACGAGCGUCUACUAAAAAUCCACUGAUGGUCACUACUUUACGAUACUAUUGUUCACAACGGUCAGACACCGCAAAACAUCGAAAACCAGAGCACCCGAAGGCUUCCAAUCGCUACGAGUGCGCUGGAGCGUUGACGGUAAUUGUGGAUCUGUCGAAAAUGGCUGGCUACAUAACGCUAACGCAU